AUGAUCGAUCUUUACUUGGAUCCUGAUCGAAGUACCUACAAAGCAUUAGAGUAUAAAAAGGUAUCUGCAUGCUCUGGUCUUAAGACUUUAUUUUCAAAAGCUGGUCGAGCUUUGAAUGCUCAAGCAAAAGCUGCAAAAAUUCCUGGUAAUAUGUCAGGUGAUGGUUGGCAAACAGGUGGACUUCUUGUAGUUGGAAAAGGUGGCGAAGUUCUUUAUCAUUUUGAACAAAAACAAGUUGUAAAUCAUCCAGAUUAUAAGAAAAUUAUUGAUGUUUUAAAAAUCAAACCUCAAGACGUACCAAGUUUUGCACCUGUUCUUUCAGAAGCCUGCGAUGAUGCAUGUAGACGAUGA